AUGGGCUACAACGAGUUGAUUAACGAGUGUUCUCCGCACGACGCCAUGGGACAGCCGCCUGCUUAUCAAACAGCCCCUUCUACUCCUGAGUUCAAUCCAGCUCCCGUGGUUCAAGUCACUCAACCGAGGUCUUUUGCGACCGACCAACAGUUGCUCGAUGUUGGAUCACCUCUGAAAAAGUUCAAAAGAUUCUCUACUUUAUUUAUGGGGAGCGGAAAGUGGAAAGUCGGAUUGGUUGAAUCCUGCUUCUCCUUGGAAUGCUGCAAAGCUUACUGGUGUCCUUGCUGCAGCUUGGCAGAUACCUCCCGCGAAUUGGGACUCGAUUACGAUCGAACCUUCUGGUUUACUUUCUUCUGCUGGCAUGCCAUGUUCCCAAUCGCCUUCCAGCACCGAGAGUUGAUCCGCCAACGGCACGGAAUCAUCGGCUCUGGCUGUGAUGACUUCUGCACCUUGUUAUGGUGCGCACAGUGCGUCCUCGCUCAGCACCAUCUCCACAUGAAGAAAUGA